UGUGCAUUUGUAUAUGUGUGUGUGUGUGUGCGCGCGCGCGUGCGUGUGUGUGUGUCAAGUCGGCGGAGGAAUGUGGCACUUCAAAAUGGCUGCCAGUUACUUUAGUAAUUUACGGGUGUAUCUUUCUUUGUUGUCGAUGACUGAAUUCGCCAACGUAUUUUAAUUCUACAGUCGUUAAUCGACGAAAAGGUUUUUCGUCGAUUUACAUUAGUUCGUCGGGGUUUCGUGAAUUUGAGGAAUUUGGUGAAGGUGCGCGAAUGAGUGCGCCGUUUAUACCCGAGAACGUAAUAUGCUCGGGUACGACAUACUCGCAUUCCCGUCCUCCUCUUUCUAUUCCUUCUUCCUCUACUUCUUCCUCUCUUUCUCGUCAUCCUCGUCGUUUUAAUUAUUCGCGAUCAUCUACCUUUAUUUAUUCCAUUUAAAUAAUCACCAACAAUAAAAAUAAACAAACAAGAGGAAAAACAUAGAAAAAAUUGUUCGCGUCCAGUCCCGACAAUGUUUCCAUUUUUGUGCACAUUAAAAACUUUCCUAAUUCAGUGUCUCCACUCGUGCAUAGGUUAGAUCGAGUUUUCCCUCAGGACGAUACAUUAUCUUGUACUUUCGUUUCUUUAUUUGUUUUUUUUUUGGUCGCUUGUGUUCGCCUCGUAUCGAGGACCCGUCCGAUUUUUUUUCGCUUUAUAUAUGACAGAAUCAGAUUGGAGUUAGGUCCCAGAGGGCCUAGCAUGGGCCACUAUGAAUCCACCCGCGGUCAAGUCAGGCAGUCGCGGCUCUGGAUACCACCAAAAGGCACUAGCUGAAAUUCGCAAUUCUCUGCUCCCUUUUGCUAAUAUCGGAGGUAACAGCGAAGUUGGUUCCAGUGCUGCGAGUACAAUAUCGACUUUGUCGACCACAAGUGGGGUCAGUUCUGCUUCCAGCCACAGCGGAAUUUCGCAUACAUCUGGAAGUCUUACCGACAAACCUGAACAACGUCAGGCCAUCUCUCAACUUCUAGCCAUGGGCUACUCCGAAGACAUAAGUUUUCGAGCCCUGAAGUUGGCAGGAUGGCGAGUGGAAGCGGCGUUGGAGUUCCUGAAACAGGCGCAGGGUGAAUCGUUGAACGGCCUCAGUAAGCUGAACACAAAGUUGAUAAGAAAGCCGAGUUUAGAGCGUGAGCUAAGUUUGCAGCGUGGUAGUCCGGCUUUGGAUAGCGGUGCGGGUAGUUCGCGUUCGGACAGCCCGCGACAGGCGGAAUUGUCGCCGCAUCCGCAGCUAAGCCGUCAAUACUCUCCGAGUAGUUUUGAACGGGAGCCACCGCCGCCACCGCCGCCGCGUUGCAGUUCGACACCACCACCGCCGCCGCCGCCUCAUGGUCCGUACACGCAGUCGAACGUCCCGACGAACAUGCAACAAAUGUUGAAGAGAAUGUCACCGGCUCCGGUGGUGCCGACGAGGCCGCCGGCAGCUGCGCCGGGAUCGGGUUCCUCGUCGUCCUCGGCGAAUCCACCUCAGCGAGGCACGAGUCCUGUUGCCUCGUCGAACGGCGGAGUCCCGACUUCGAAUUCUCGUCAACCAAUGAUCGUACAAAACGGACCGCAAGUGCAACAACAAUUGACGCAACAGAUUCAAGCGUUGAGUAUCUAUCAGACGAGCAACGGAACGGGAAGUGGGCAAGUCGAGCCCCCGCCGCCUUAUCCAAUAGUGCCUUCGUCCUCGCCGCAAGGACCGAUCCAGCCGCCCUCGUACAGCGCAUCGAUGCAAAACCGGCAAUCACCUACGCAAUCGAGCGCGGAUUAUCGAAAAAGUCCAUCGUCGGGGAUUUACUCGGGGCCAACAUCGGCCGGCUCACCGAGUCCGAUAACCGUUUCAACGGUCGCCCCGUCGAGCGGUCAAAGUUCCAUGGCGAGGCCGACACCUCUGCAAGCAUGGGGGGCACGACAAGCCAAGACUCAACCACCAAUAAUAAUGCAAUCUGUUAAAAGUACGCAGGUCCAAAAACCCGUACUGCAAACAGCGAUCGCGCCCACCUCGCCGCAACCGAUCUCUUCGGGUAGCGCCUCGACGCCACCGCCUCCACCUCCCUCCUAUGCAUCCUCCAUACAACAGAAACAAGCACAGCAACAGCAGCAAGCUCAGCAACAACAGCAAGUUCAGCAACAACAGCAGCAGCAGCAGCAACAACAACAACAACAACAACAGCAGCAGCAGCAACAACAACAACAACAACAGCAGCAGCAGCAGCAACAACAACAGCAGAUGCAACAACAGUCGCAACAACCACCACCUCCGGCUUAUCCACCGGUAAAUAACGUUGGCUCGAAUACGGGUUCUGCUGGCAUUGGUGUCCCGACUACCGAGCCACCCAGUUACGCGACAACGAUGCAAGCUCUCGCGGCUCAACGCAGCAUGCACCAUCCUCUACCGCCCCCACCACCCUACGCGACUCCGACGGACGAUGCAAACGGUAUUACGACGGUCGAGUGUCUCGCGAGCGGACCACGCUCAUCACCCGUGGCGCAUCAUCCGCCUUUAGCCCGUAAGUACUCACCAGCCGAUCAACUACCCGGUGAAACUCCACCGUUACCGCCCACCGCUUCGACUUCGGUAAGCUCUAGAAAUAAUAACAAUCACGGUACGAUGAGCGGCCACGAAAAUUCCGGAAACAAACCCGGACCAUCUCUGUACAAAAUAAAACAUCAGUCACCGAUUCCCGAGCGCAAACACAUGAGCAAGGAAAAAGAGGAAGAACGCCGCGAUUGCAAAGUACGGAAUUAUUCGCCUCAGGCAUUCAAAUUCUUCAUGGAACAACACGUCGAAAAUGUUCUCAAAUCUCACAAACAGCGGUUGUACAGGCGAUUGCAAUUGGAGACCGAAAUGGCAAAGAUCGGACUUAGCGCCGAAGCACAAUGCCAAAUGCGUAAAAUGCUAUCUCAAAAGGAAUCUAAUUAUAUCCGACUGAAACGCGCGAAAAUGGAUCGGUCGAUGUUUACCAAAAUAAAAAUGAUCGGAGUCGGAGCUUUUGGGGAAGUGACCCUUGUACGUAAAUUAGACACUAAUCAAUUUUACGCGAUGAAAACGUUACGGAAAGCCGAUGUGCUCAAUAGGAAUCAAGUUGCCCAUGUCAAGGCUGAACGCGAUAUACUCGCUGAAGCCGACAACGAGUGGGUCGUUAAACUCUAUUAUUCCUUCCAAGACAAAGACAACUUGUACUUCGUCAUGGAUUACAUACCGGGUGGCGAUCUCAUGUCGUUGCUUAUCAAAUUCGAAGUUUUCGAGGAACCUCUCGCCAGGUUUUACAUCGCCGAAUUAACCUGCGCCGUCGAGAGUGUACACAAAAUGGGCUUUAUACAUCGCGACAUCAAACCUGACAAUAUUCUCAUCGAUCGCGACGGUCAUAUCAAACUCACCGACUUUGGGCUGUGCACCGGAUUUCGUUGGACACACAAUUCCAAGUAUUACCAACAAAAUGGCCAUGGUAAGCAAGAUUCGAUGGACCCAUCGGACGACUGGAACAACGAGUGUCGAUGUAUACAAUUGAAGCCGUUGGAACGUCGACGGCAUCGGGAACAUCAACGUUGUUUGGCACACUCGCUAGUCGGUACACCGAAUUACAUCGCUCCGGAAGUCCUCCAACGUACCGGUUAUACCCAGCUUUGCGACUGGUGGAGCGUCGGUGUCAUACUGUACGAGAUGUUGGUUGGUUCACCGCCCUUCAACGCCAAAACACCCGCCGAAACGCAGUACAAGGUGAUAAAUUGGGAGACGACGCUAAACAUACCGAAGCAAGCGAACCUCUCGCCGGAAGGAAAAGAUCUGAUAUUGAAAUUAUGCGUCGGUUCGGAUCGCCGAUUGGGUAAGAACGCUGACGAGGUGAAGUCGCAUCCGUUUUUUGGUAACGUUGAUUUCGAUAAGGGUCUGCGUCGUCAGGUAGCCCCGCACAUACCCUGUAUUAAAUAUCCAACGGACACGAGUAAUUUCGAUCCGGUAGACCCGGACAAAUUGCACAACUCACAAAAAUCCGACAGCAGCAAAUCGGACGAACUGUUAGACAAUGGUAAACCGUUUCACGGUUUCUUCGAAUUUACGUUUCGCCGGUUUUUUGACGAUGGUGGUGGCCCAGCUUAUCCUAGUCGAAUAAGCCUCGAUGACAAUGACAAUCAAGGUCCCGUCUACGUAUGACAUUAGGCCAUAUUAUUAACCGGCUUUAGGCCCUUAACCCUUUGUAUUAUGGGACAAAUAUUAGAUCGUUUGAAAUGUGACUCGAGCACGCGUUGAUUAUUCCUUCGGUAUCCAACAAAAACGAUCGUUCCCGCCUAUUAAAUACGAUAAUUUCAUGGAGAACGAUCGAUAUUUCGAUUAUUUAUUUAAUCAUGAAUCAUUAAUUCAUAAUAAUUUCAUCAAUAUUGAUCAGAUCGCGGUUACGCUACUGAUCUCGGUUGACGGAGUUGACAAUUAUUCAAUCAAGAUAAAUCGAAGUACGAUAUAUCGAUACUAAUCGGAUUACGAUUAACUACCGAAGUAGGGUGUAUCAAUGCUGAUUUAAUUGCGUACCAUUAUUUUAUCGAGAUUGAAUGAAAUUGACAAUUACGUUAUCAAGACCAAUCGAAGUACGAUUAUUUAAUCGAGAUUCUUAUCAUUACUGUAAUGAUUUAUAAAUUACCAUUAUUUAUUCAACAUUUAUCGAUUUUAACCAAAAUAUCGUGCUCGAUCUUCGGUCGGACAAUUCCGACUUUGGAACAACCGAAAUACGAGAUGAUCCUUGGUUUUAUUAUUCUUCAAAAAACCCAACGAUUAUCAAGUAUUUUAUUCAACUUGCUGAAUAUUCAGUCAAUUCGUGAGACAAGCAUUGUUCGGAUUUUAAAAAAACCAAUCAAAAAGACCCAGUGUUUUCCGAAGACUAGAUAAACAUUUAAGAGUGGCCGAUAAAUCGUGCAUUAAUUGCGAAAAAGUGAUUUGAAUAGCUUCAGGGCCGUCCCAAGUCAACGCAAGUCCAAAAACAUUUUGCAAAAAAACUAGAAGCACACGCAGACGUAAAACUUGCGGUGCAAAAACACUGAAAGAAAAAAAGAAAGCAAAAACAUAGGUCUAGGAUAUUUUAAUAUUUAAGUGUUAUUUUCAAUGGAAUUGGACUCGAAGUGAAAGAAAUUGCAGACGAGAGAUGAUACGCUGAUUUGCCAAUGGGUUGAACUCAAGUGAUCAUUUAGUUUCUAUUAUUUUUUUUUCUCCUAUGGUAAUUAAAAAUGGGAAUUGGCUUGCACUAUUAUUAGCUAUCCUAUAUGAUGAUGAUGAUAAUAAUGACUAUCGGUAUCAAUAUCAAUCUUGAAAGUACACACUUUUAAUAUUUGUUGAAUGAAAAGUACUAACCCUGUACACCUGCAAUAUGUUUUUCGAAGUACCUGCCUCCAAGGUUUGUUUUUCGAUUUGUGUUUAUAGGGUGCGCAAAGUGAAUUAUUUCUCAACGAUUCGUUUUUUAUCUCACUUUAUUGCACCAACUUACGAGAAGUUGUCUUUUCACCUUUUAAGGAAAUUGAGGCUGUACAGUCAUGUUUUUAUCCAAAAGUUAUUACCUAUA